UGGGAUUUUGGAAAGACAAAUGAUUUUAUGGUACGCUACCUACUGAUCAAAGUUUAAUUCCUCAUGAACCCUGAAUGACUUAAUUACGCUGCAGCACAUUCCCCUCAUUUGUGCUACUUUUCUGUUUCAAGUUUCUUUAAUAAUUCUUCUUUUUAUUUUUUCCCUCUCUCACUCCAUAAACGUUUGUGUAUAAAUAGCUAGCAUCAUCAUUUGAUCAAACACACCCAUCCUCAUUCAGCUAGCGAAGCUGCAGAGAGAUUGAGGUGUUGAUUUUGAAGAAACCUCAUCACCUAGGAUAAGAGAGGCUUCCAAGAUUGAUCCAUUGCUCAUAACCCUCUCAAUCAAAUCUAAAGAGCAAGGGAACAAGGGAGAAGCAUGGCUAUGUCUAUCACCUACCAUGAUCUGGCUCUCACUUUUGGCUUACUAGGUAACAUCAUAUCCUUCCUGGUGUUCUUGGCUCCCCUGCCAACGUUUUAUCGAAUAUGGGAAAAGAAAUCCACAGAAGGAUUUCAAGCACUGCCAUACUUGGUGGCAUUAUUCAGCUGUAUGCUUUGGUUAUACUACGCAUUGCUCAAAACUGAUGCGUUUCUCCUCAUAACGAUUAAUGCCAUUGGUUGUGUUAUAGAGAUCAUCUACAUUAUCAUCUUUAUAAUCUAUGCCAACCAACAAGCCAAGAACUUAACGAUUAAACUGUUUGUGGCAAUGAACAUGAGCGCAUUUGCGAUGAUCCUCUUCAUUACACAUUUCACUUUACGACGUUCCCUCCGUGUCCCAGUCCUUGGAUGGAUUUGUGUCGCCAUUUCAGUCAGUGUCUUUGCAGCACCUCUAAGCAUUGUGGCACAAGUUGUCCGAACAAAGAGUGUACAGUUUAUGCCUAUCAACCUGUCAUUUUUCCUUACAUUAAGUGCAGUAAUUUGGUUUGCAUAUGGUUUCUUUCACAAGGACAUAUGCAUUGCUAUUCCGAAUGUGGUGGGUUUUGUAUUGGGGCUAGUUCAGAUGGUGCUGUAUUGCAUUUACAGGGAAAAUGGGAAAACGAUUAAUGAGAUAAACAUUGUUGUUGUAAAUCCGUUAGCGUUAGGGAAUGGUGAGGUACCCGUGUAUCCAAUCGCAGAGAAAAGUGUGCAGGAUGAGAAAAACAAUGAAUGUCCAGUGUGAAGUGAAGUGAUAGCCCAACCCAUGCCGCGCAUUGCGUACAUAUAUAUAUUUUUAUUGUUGUUAUAACAGUUAGUUUGUUUUCGAUCAUGUGAGCGCAUUACUAUGAAGGCAAACAAGAGAAUAUAUUGAAAUAGUUUUGAUUUUUUCAAUAAACCA